AGAGAAUUCAUCAUGCGUUUACUAAAGGACAGCUUCAUCACCGUCCUGCCUAUCUUUGCUCUCUUCGCACACACAGGGGCUCAAAGAUGCGACCGGAUCAAAAUCGGAAACGAAUACUAUAAAAGACAACUCAUAGCUACCAUAGACGGUUACCCAACAGGCAUCGUCAUCGAUCCAAGAAAUGAAAACAUUUUUUUUAUUCUCCAUAAAAAGAAUUAUACCAGAGGAAUACAUUUCCUCAAGCACGGCGCUUUGGGCAUCAAAGAAAUACCAAUCGGCGAUGAUAUGAUAGGCCAAUGCGUUGCUAUAGAUAUCCCAAGCAAUGUGAUCUAUUUUGGAACAAAUCAAGGACUUGUUACCUUCGAUUCUACUAGAGAUAUCGUUGCUUCAGAAAGACCUAUCGGCGACGAUGACAUUCGUUUUAUAUUCAUAGAUAAGACAAUUAAGACAGACAAUCAAAUGUAUAUAUCCACUGGCCCUAAUCGUGAAAUCUUCAAAUUUGUCAACGGAUCAUACGCCGUAAGAAGGUAUGAGAAAGUCAUGAAAGCAUACAGCUUUGUUUUAGACUCUCAAGGCAAUGCGUUUUACGAAUUUGUCGACGGAAGAAUCUACUUUUUCGCUACCGAUUACUAUGAACCUAUACAAUAUAAAGGUUUUUCUAGAGAACUAAAAUACAUAUUAAAAUUAAACAUGCAAGACGAAGCGAUUGUAGCUGUAAAAGGUUCUCUAUUUAAACUGAGUACGAAAAGCAUUUUGCCAGUGAAAAUUGGACAGCUCGGUUUCAAAAUUACUGGAAUGGCUUUUGAUGCAAAGAAUAAUAUAAUCGUUGGAACUAAAGGGAAGCUAUAUAGAUAUAAGCCGAUAAAUAGUAAUGAUCCUUGCCCUGCUGACGAUUAUUUUAUGGCCACUAUUUAGGAGGAAGUAGCCAGGCUUAAUCCGAA